AUGGAGGGCGAACCAGAGGAAUCUGAUGAGGACGUUCAGGGAGAGGACAAACCCACUGUGCUUUGGGAAAAGUGUAUUCAGCAGAGCAUCAUUGUUGACCUCAGUGAGGACGAAAGUCUCCACUUCAGUGAUCUGGAGGGUUCCUUAGCUCUGCAUCUCUCACAGGCAGAGUCUGCUGCAUCAGAAGCUAGUAUCCAUCUCAGUGGGAGUGCAGAGCUGUCCGCUUUGGACGACACCUCUUCAAACUCAAGUGUUGUCAGCAGCCACAGUGAGAGGGAGGUAGGGAGCAAGACCAAGAGCAGCAAAUUGCAGGUGUCUGCCCAAAGACCCAACACCAUGCAGGAUGAGGGGCCACUAAACCAAUGGGAUGAGGACUCAGGACAAAGUACCAGUGAUGAGGAUCAGGAAGACCUACCUUAUGAUGGGGACCUUGGAAGCCCCUACUUCAACCAGACAGGAAGCUCUCAGGGCAACAUGAGUUCUGAUGGAAGAGAAACUGUUCAUGCAAGCCCUGAUGUGUCUGAUCUGCAUGAAUGUACUACAGGAGACAGCAGCCAUACCCUGAAACAUUUGGCUCCUGUUGAGCCUCAUGCUGAGAAACCAGUAAUUUUAUGUCAGGAGGAAGCCCCAUCAUGUACUAGACCUGCUGAUGGCAACCAGCUGCAGGACAUUAACCAGUUGCUGCUGCGGCACUUCUCUCAGGAAGAGUUACUGCGGUCAGGCAGGCUGAUCGAGGCAGAGACUCUGCCCGAAGUGUCCCUGCUGGAGAGUGUGGACGAGACCCUUUUUAGCUGGGCUCCAGCACACAACGGUGUAGAAGUUAAUAGUAACUACUCUGAGAGCCGUCCAUGUGAGUCUAAGAUUAAUCAGAGUUUGUGCUAUAUCAGGACUGGUGAUGAGAGAAAUAAUGCAUCAAAAAAUUCAAGUUUAGAAGAGGAAAAAGAAAAAGGAAAUGAUAGUGUCACCUCUGCUGUUACUGACAGCAUUACAUUAAGCUCAAAACAUGGCAGUAGUGAUAACAGUGCUUUAAAUGUAGUGAGUAAAGAAAAGACUGAAGAGGAUGGUCCAGUUCGGAAAGUCCCAUUUGUGCGCACGAGAUCCUUCAAUGAGAUGAAGUAUGGCCAAGGCCAAGUCCAUUACCCACACCCUGACUUCUCCAAGGUUGCCCCCAAGGUAAAAAUCCCUAAAGUCCCUAGUGGUUCAGCCAGACCAGUUCCUCAGGUCCCCAGCACCAUGCACAGAGCCCAGUCCUCUCCAGGGAUGUUAGAGGUUAUCAGCAAAAUCCUGGAUGAUUCAAUCCAACCAUCAGAGAAGCCCUUUGUCUUCAAAGACCUGGAGAAACAGACUCCCCCAGCAUUGGUCCAUCACCUGCAGGCUGAGUAUGAUAAAUUACUCACCAAAUAUGCUGAGGCAGAGAACAUUAUAGAUCAACUGAGACUUGAAACCAACACUCAGCCUUCCUCAGAGCUGAUGCUUGAUGAUGAUGAUAUGGGAAACUUAGGUGAGGGAAGCCAUCUUGGAUCUUUGGCUCCUCACAUCCCCCCAUCAGAAAUAUGUGGUGAAAAGGUAGAAACAAACCACAAGAGAAACAUUAAGGAGCUUAACAAAGCCUCCUCCAGCCAGCCUGAUCCAGAGUGUCCCAGUGAUGGGGAGCAAAUGACUUCUGAGCUGAGAGACAUCAUCAGCCAGUUUAUGCGGAAGGUGGAAGAAUUAAAACUGAGUGUAAGCAACAUGUCAUUUAGCACAGCAGAACAGCAAAUGAUUUUGAGGAGCAUGAUGGAGGCUCAGGACCAGUUGGAAAGAAAAUACAUCAGUAAGAAGGAUGAGCACAGAGCUCUGGAGAUGCAGAACUACAUGGGCCUAUCCAGGAACACUGGCACAUUUGACCCAAACAGGCUGGUGGAGGGAGACAUAUUCAGGAUAGGGAUGCACCUUGAGGAUAUAAAGGAGAUGAUAGACAAAACCAUGUACGAUCAGAUCUCCCCACCCCACUCUUCCUCCACUCCCACACCCAUGACAGAGUUGCUGUAUGUGAAACCCAGUCCGCUCGGCAUGCACACAGCCUCACCAUUAUCACUGCAUGAGCUCCAUAAGUUCCUGGCAAAGAGCUUCCAGGGCCUCAAAAUCCCUGAGUCUGUCAGCUUCAGUCUGGCCUCUCAGGUCCCUUGUCUCUGCUGUAGCUCCUCCAUUUCCUGUUGGAGAGCAUCCUUCUCUUUCUUGUCUGCCAUGCUCUUGGCCAUAUUCUCAACGAUCUUCUCCAGUGUGUUGAGCUUCUCUAAGGCACUGCCAGAGAAGCUCUUCAAGGCUUUGAAAGGGUCAAGUGCAGGAUUUUCCACUGUGAGUUACAAGAUGGAAACACAGACUGAGGAAGAGGAAAACAAGGAAGUGGAGGAGACUGGCGAGGUCCAUGGAGAGGGUAGAUUAGAGCAAAGCAGUGAGCUCAUAACUACUGACUCUCUUCUGAAAAAUACAGCACAUGGCAGCCACUGUUCACGGUCUGUGGGCUCUCUCGAGGGACUGAACACCCCGACUGCUGAGGAUGAGGAGGGCAAUGAAGACGAGAGGAACUCUGUCUUGUCAGAAGGGAUAGUUCAUGGUAACAUCUUAGCAUACCUGAGCGGAACUAGCUCACCCUCAAGACAAAGACAGUGGACACCUGAAAGUAGCCCACAGGAUAGUGUCCUGAAUCCAGACAGUGAAUGUGAUCUGGUUGAUUGUGUAAGUCUGGCUGUGGAGGUCUCUUAUUCCUCUGAUGCACCCAGAGACCGAGAUACCAACAGCCUCUCAGAGCCGCCCCUCAACACCUCAUCUAGGAUUGUGAGUCCGGAGACAGAUAGUGGAUUUGGGAGCUCUUACUUGAGUCAAUCAGCUCCUGGGGUAUCUCAGCCAAAUCUGCACCCAGAAAGUGUGCAGUCCCAGAAUGGUGGUUUAAGUAGCUCAGACAGUGAAGGGUCUUGCUCCAACCUGCAGACAACCAUCCAUCCAGCCAGCCAGUGGUGGGCCAGUCCUCAGACACAGUCCGGUGGUGCAGCAACCGCAGUGGAGCUGUGGGUGAAGAGUACCACCAAGGAGCCUUCAGUUAGGGUGCAGGGAUCUGAGCCCAGCCUGCCUGCCCAGCUCCAUCACCACGUCUCUGAGCCCACACUCAGCACCACCAUGGAUACAGCACAGAGAGACAGACAUAUGUACUCCUGCUCUUGUAAUAGUGAGGCUAUCCUGGCCUUGCAGUCAGAGGUGUCCCGGUUGAAGAAGGACCUGAAGGAAGGCCUGGUCCAGCUGCCUCACUUAGCACAGAAGAUGGACUACCUCACCUCCAAAAACAGACAGGAUCGUCAGGAGCGCAGGUCCAAAACCAGACCCAGGACCCACCACAGACCAGCCUUCAACAGUCAGGUGAGGAUAGAAGACUGGAUUUCUUCAGAUAUGAACCCCAGCAAGAGCAAAGGUACAGACAGUGAUGACAUGGCUGGCUCUGAGAUCUUGCCACAAUUCCACGAUUCACCUGUGGGGAGCCGGAGAGGCAGCAAAAGCUCUGCGCUAGAAUUUCAAUAUAAACUUCAGGGGACACUGCAAGCCAGUAGAGCAGCCGUCAUGGAGAGUUAUUACUCCAAGGAGAGAUGGUCUCUCUUCUCCCCUGCAUCACGUCAGAGGCCUCUCCUCCAGGUCAGCUACGGCUCCUCCAGUAGCCUGCCUGCCAGCUAUAAAGUGAGGGAGCCACCACUGCAGUCCGUGUCCCAUCACAGGAAGCGUUCCACCCAGUCGGACACAGCACUCCUGCCCAGUAACGUGUACUUCAAACGGACCCUGUCCCCAGUAUCAGUGCUGUCAAAGAGUGGAGACAGGGCAGGGAGACGCAGAGGGACCAAGGAGGAAGAGAUGAACAGGACUCUGGAUCAGGCCAUUGAGGUGGCCCGCAACAUGAAGAGGACUACAGACCGCAUGGCUAAGAGCCUGUCAGCUGACCUAGCUAAACUGCACAACAUCCAGCCACUAGGGAGCAGAAAACACCACGUCCUAUAA